AUGUCAGAGCCAAUCAAGGGGACCGACGCUGAUACUCUGACUGUAGCCAAAGAAGCAGUUCCUAACAAGCCAGAACCAAUAGACUCAGACUAUGUGGAAACAGACAAAGACAAAGUAGACUUCACCAAGGGGGGAGUUGAAAAGUUCAAGUUCUAUCCCGACAAUCCCGAGAACCACAGACACAAGUACAAAUGGACCCAUAAGGAGCCUUCGAAGUACUACGAUCCGUGCGAAGAAAGUAGACAGGCUUCCUUGAAUUGCAUUUUGAGAAACCAAGACGACAAACUUGUAUGUCAGGAUUUCUUUGACGCUUAUAAGGAAUGUCGUAAAGAUUUCUUUAAUAAGAAGAGAAAGGACCGGAUAGAGGGUAGAGGAGGCUGGGGAUUCUGGUAA